UUUCUUAAUGAUUUAUGCCGAAAAAAACUUCAAAGACUGCCUAGAUGCUUAUCAGGCCAUGCAAGUAUCUCAUAUUGGUAUUAGGAUACUCGAACUCCUUCAAAUAUAUUGUGUCCACUGCUAAUCCCACCAAUUAGCUGGACUCAUUGCUACAGUUAUCGCCAAAAAUAUAAAGACUACACUUCCGUUUCUAGGUAUGGCCACAAAUAGAUUAGCUGGUUCGUAUCGGUUAAUGACAAAGACAUUGGAUGAUGAAAAUUGUUUGUUCAGUCCAUUUCAUGCAUACUAGCCGCCACGCAUUGUGAUUUUGGUGUUGACGAUGACUGUUAAGUUUUUGGAUAUCGUCAAGCCGUUUUGUGCAAUCCUACCGGAGAUCUCCCGUCCCGAACGGAAGAUUCAGUUUCGAGAACGGGUGUUAUGGACGGGAAUAACUCUGAUGAUAUUUCUGUUUUGUUGCCAAAUACCACUUUUUGGCAUAAUGUCGUCUGAAUCUGCCGACCCUCUCUACUGGCUUCGAGUGAUUUCUGCGUCAAACAAAGGGACACUUAUGGAACUUGGGAUAUCUCCAAUCAUAACAUCUGGUCUAAUUAUGCAGCUUCUUGCUGGGAUACAAGUGCUCUCUGUUGGUGAUGCACCGAAAGACAGAGCUUUAUUUAAUGGAGCUCAGAAAUUAUUCGGUAUGGUUAUAACUGUUGGCCAAGCUUCUGUGUAUGUUAUGUCCGGAAUCUAUGGUGCACCAAGCGAACUAGGUGCAGGAAUUUGUCUGUUGAUAAUCUUCCAGCUAACGUUUGCAGGUCUUUUGGUUUUGAUGUUGGAUGAACUUCUCCAGAAAGGUUAUGGUUUGGGCUCUGGUAUAUCUUUGUUUAUUGCAACUAAUAUUUGUGAAACUAUUGUGUGGAGAGCAAUAAGCCCUACUACGAUUAACACUGGACGAGGUACGGAGUUCGAGGGUGCUAUAAUAUCGCUUUUCCAUCUACUGGCCACUCGUACAGAUAAAGUUCGUGCAUUAAGGGAAGCGUUUUAUCGUCAAAAUCUGCCAAAUCUAAUGAACAUACUUGCAACUAUUCUUGUCUUUGCUGUCGUCAUUUACUUCCAAAGCUUCAGAGUAGAUAUUGCAGUCAAGUCAAUCCGAUAUCGUGGGCAAUCAACUUCAUAUCCAAUCAAACUUUUCUACACCAGUAAUGCCCCGAUCAUGCUUCAAAGUGCACUUGUCUCUAAUCUUUAUGUAAUGUCACAAAUGUUAGCUAGCAAGUUUCGAGGUAACUUUAUUAUCAAUCUUUUGGGUGUUUGGUCGGAUGGUGAAGGUGGUUCUCGAUCUGUACCUAUCGGAGGAUUGUGUUACUACAUGACACCUCCAGAUUCCUUAGGAGAUAUGCUAGUGGACCCCAUACACGGCAUUUUGUAUAUUGCUUUCAUGCUUGGAAGCUGUGCGUUUUUCAGUAAAAUAUGGAUCGAUGUCUCAAAUUCCAGUGCUAAAGACGUAGUUAAACAGCUCAAAGAACAACAAACUGUCGUUCCAGGACAUCGGGAGAAUUCAAUGGUGCAUGAGUUGAAUCGUUACAUUCCAACAGCAGCCGCACUUGGUGGUCUAUGUAUCGGCGCUCUUUCAGUAUUGGCAGACUUCCUAGGUGCUAUUGGAAGCGGAACAGGUAUUCUCAUGGCUGUCACAACAAUCUACCAAUACUAUGAAGUAUUUGUUCGAGAGCAAAGUGAGAUGGGUGGUUCUAUGAGCUCUUUGUGGUUAUAAGGAAAUAUCACAAGUCUUUCUUAUGUAUUCAAAUCUGUUUUCGUUAUGUGUUCCAGUCUGCUACAUGUAAAAUGAUUGAGUGGUUAAAGACAUAGAUUCGGAUUGUAUACUAAAAGGCUUUAAAAAGUCAACAUAUUUUGAUUGUAUAUUUUAGCAUUUCUUUAAACCAGUAGUUAUUGGUCAUCAUUCACAUAAUAAUAAAUGUUUGGUUUUUUCUGUGCAGUAUUUAUGUCCUAAUAUCACUCCAACAUGUACAUUUUGAUCAUUACCUACUGCUUUGCACUUUUAAUUUGUGAUCAUUAAACGUUUCAUGCUUUCUUUAGUUCUUUUUUUUUCAAAAUAUAAAAAUAAGGUGUUUUUUUACAGUCAAUGUAGAACUAGUCAUUAAUGUUGAUUAGGUUUUAAUUAUAAUACGAACUGCCCUAUUGACUAUGUAGUGUUGCACGAAGUAGCAGUUGAAAAAUGUAAAUGUCGUUGAAUUUCUGUGUAUAACGUUAUUGAUUUCGUGAAUAGACUCGGUUACUCAUGUACUCAUUACACCACAACCGAUCCAGACUAAUAAGUACCGAUCGCGCCAUAUGUGUAUUCGACUAUUGAUAUUCUCACAUAAGUUGAGGAUUUUGCGAGUAGCCUACCGUAUAAUUAUAAUUCUGUCACUACAUUUGUGUCGUUGUGAUGAUAGACUAUCACCGGGCAGUCUUAGACAGUGGAUUUUCCUUAUUAAACUGUUAGUUUACUAUCGGUCGUGAGAAAUUCCAUUUAGUAGGGAAAAUGGUCAGUCAGCUACAACGUAGGACCAGGCACAUAUGCAUCGGUCCAAGUUGCCACACCUCAUUAACACAUCAAGAUGGACACCGGAUUCAUAAAAGUAGUUAAUUCAGAGGUGAUGAUAUAUAAAGGAAAGAUUGCAAUAAGGAUAUAGUACAGGAAGAAAGAAAGAUAUGAAGCAAUUUUAAUCUCUUAGUUUAAGGGAAGAUAGAGAGUGUAUGCACCGACGCCAUUGCGAUCGAUUCUGAGCCAUGUCAACAAGAGUUUCCAACCAUUGAUUACGAUAGUCAUGCGGACCCCAACCAAGUAGUCUGCAUCUACCAACAUGGUUCAGACUAGAAGUUAGUGACUUCAAGCACUGAUGCCACGUUUUGGUUUUGCCACCCCUAACUUUCUUCCAACCAUCCCGAACACCGGUUAGCAUUGCACGUCGUGGUAAUCGGUGUUUGGGCAUAUGUAACACGUGGCCCAACCGUCUCAGUCGAUGAAGAUUCACAACCUCAUCAACUGAUUUACCAUCAUUCCCUAAUACCCUGCGUCUAACCUCACUAUUACUUACCCGGUGAUCCCAGCAAUAUUUCUGAGGCAUCUGUGGUCAAAUACUAGUAGCUUACGAGUGUCUUCU